AUGGAAGCGAGUUUUUGCGGGUGCAUAUGCGAGGCUGAGGAUGAAGAGCAAAUGCCAGUUGAUCGAAAGCAUUCUUGGCCACGGUGUCUUUUCAUCGCGAUCUCGAUAUCAUUGUGCAUCACUGUUGAUAUUCUCCAGUACAGUAUGCCCCUGGCGUUCCUUCCGUCUGUGCUGGAGGACAGAGGUCAUGCCACAUUCGAAAUCGCAACGGCCGUCGGCGUUUACUACUGGACUGGAUUCUUGGGCUGCUUUCUGAUCACCUCGUACCAGAUAUAUCUUCUGAUGCAAGGUGAAGGCCACGAGUCAAUGACCAGCCUGAAAAGCGCUCGGCGAUGGAUUGUCUUUCUGCUGAUCGGGCUUGGAUUUGGCACCAUAACGCUCGCCUUUCAGGCCAUGAGCCCACACCUGAUGAUGCAUACGUCGUGCCGGUUCAUCCAGGGCUUCGCUGGCUCCUUCAUCUUCUUUUACGCGUUCCUCCUGAACGUGGAGCUGUUCGAGGGCAACCAGCAGGUGUUCGCCAUGACUGCCGCGUCCAUCGCCCUGAACAUCGCGGAGGUACUCGGCUCGUCCAUGGGCGCGUGGGUAUUCCACCACUUCGGGCAGCGCUCCGUGUUCGUCUUCCUCGCCGCCGCCUCGCUUGGCAACCAGGUGCUGCUGCUGUUCGUCACCGUGAGCCUGACGGCGUCCGAGCGCUCGCCCGUGGCCAGGACCUGGACACCUGGCAGCAGCGUAAAGGCACCUACGCCGUUCCACCUUCAGACAGGCUGGAGACGGCUCAAGAAGUUGCUCCAGAGCAAGCGCAUGACAUUGGCGGUGCUCCUGAUUGUCAUGUCAGCAGUUGUGAAGGGAUCUGUCGAGGAGAUUCUACCUUUCCAUGCAGAUCACCGUUGGGGUUUCGAUCCGAUGAUGAUUGGCCAGCUCUUCUUGGUCAUCGCCCUGGCCUAUAUCGUAUCAGCAUCCGCUGUUGGCCGCGCCUGGGAAGCGAUUCACGAAUACAAAAUUGCCUUCGUUGCGGCCUGGCUUACCGCAUUGGGCAUAUCGGCUUAUCUCGGAGGAGGCGUGCUGGUGGUCGCCUCCUACGAGUUCCCGGAGGACCAGCGGCUCAUCGUGCUCUACGCCGCGCUGACCUUCUAUGGCAUCUGCCUGGGGCUCACCCACACCCCGUCGGCCCUCCUGCUCGCCGACGCCAUCGAGCACGAGGAUGAGGGGAACGAAGGACGGACGCGGUCAACGGCAUCUGGAACACGAUGUGGGAGGCGGGCGGUUCCCUCGGUUUCCUGCUCGGCGGCCUCCUCGCGCACAACUACCAGCACCAGCAAGAGCUCAUGGUCGCCAACGCAUUUUGUUGCCUCGGGACCGCCAUCUGCAUGCUGA